CAUGUUAUUUACUUUUUGUUUCAAUUAUACGACCCUAGAAAAGUCUUUGAAGUUGUUCAUUGCACAUGUUAUUUACUUUUUGUUUCAAUUAGCACCAAAAAACUUGAAUUUUCCGAUCAUGAAGAAUCAUGAAGGUACAGGCACUAUUUUCCAGUCAACUCGGUCGACGGCAACUCGUGGGAGAGUAAUAUUGUUUCCCCUACCUGUUCAAGGUCAUCUCAGUCCCAUGUUUCAGCUAGCAAACAUUCUCCGUGCGCAAGGUUUUAAAAUAAUUAUCAUACACACAGAAUACAACUCUCCCAGUCAUUCAAACUAUCCACACUUCACCUUCAAAACCAUUGCUGAUGGCGGGUUUUCUGAGAUCCGAAAUAACAUGAAGAAAUCAGACCCUGCCUUUUCCAUUUCGUACUUUAAUGAACAUUGUGCAGAUUCAUUUACCGAUUGUCUGGCUGGGUUGCUGGCUGAACCCGAUGAGCCACCUGUGGCAUGUUUAAUAACAGAUGCCGAAUACUACUUCGCGCAGGAGGUCGCCGACUCCCUGAAGGUCCCUCGCUUGGUGUCUUGGGCUUGCACCAUUGUUUCUCUUCUUGUUUAUCGGGAUUUAUCCUUUUUCUAUGAAAAAGGUUACUUCAACCUUACAAAAAAUGAUUCAGAAUACGAAGCACCGGUGCCGGAAUAUCCGCUUUUGAAAGUCAAAGAUGUCAUAAAGACAACAACGACCCCAGAGAGUAUGGGGAAAUAUCUAACCAAAGUGAUGAAACAAGUAAAGGCAUCGUCUGGAAUCAUUUGGAAUUCCUUCAAAGAACCCGAAGAGGCAAUAUUGGAAACCCUUGGCCGCGAUUUUCCUAUUCCAAGGUUCACUCUAGGCCCACUUCAAAAGUAUUUACCAACGUCAACCUCGGGCAUCAUUUUUGAACAAGAUCGAACCUUUUUCUCAUGGCUGGAUGCUCAAGCACCCAAGUCUGUGAUAUACGUAAGUUUCGGAACCCUUGCAAGCAUAACAAAGUCAGAAUUUCAAGAAGUGGCUUAUGCGUUGAGAAACAUUGGUUUACCCUUCUUGUGGGUGGUCCGACCACGGAUGGUUGAAGGUUCAGAAUGGCUUGAGUCGUUGCCUGAGAAGUUUCUAGAAGAAGUGGGUGGUAGGGGACACAUAGUGAAAUGGUGCCCUCAAAAAGAAGUGUUGACACAUGAGGCGACUGGGUGUUUUUGGACUCAUAGUGGAUGGAACUCAACAUUGGAGAGUGUAUGCGAAGGAGUUCCUAUGAUUUGUUCACCUUGUUUUGUCGGCCAACCAAUAAUUGCAAGAUACAUAAAUGAUGUUUGGAAGAUUGGCGUUUUGUUGGAGGAUGGUCUUGAAAGGGAGGAAAUUGAGAGAGCACUGAAAAGAGUAAUGCUGGAUAAAGAAGGUGAAGAGAUACGCGAGAGGGUUAUGUUAUUGAAGGAGGAAGUGAACAUCUCAUUCGAUGAAGGUGGAUCUUCACAGCAGUCCCUGAAAAAUUUGGUUGAUUACAUUUCAAAGUUUUAGUUUCGACAAGUCAUUUUCAUUGUACUUAAGACCGAAACUAAAUCAAAUAUAAAUAAAUUUUCGAUCCUGAAUGAAUAAAUAAAUAAAUAUAAUCUGGGUGUUAA